CAGGCGUCGGGUCCUUGCAGCCUGGACACAAACCGUUAUCAUCAGCCGCUGCGCCGUGUGAGGCGAGGUCAUCGCAGAGUACCACGGUUUCCAUGAUCAGAUGUGCCUUGAUCCCGAUCUGAAGUUCUGACACAGCUGAAAACGACCUCAGGCACCACAACCAACAUCAAAUCAUCUCUUCAACUGGUAUAGUUACUGAGACCUCAGAGAGGAUGUGAGUAGGAGAAGGACUGAGGGUAGAAAACCCCCAAUAAGUCCAACCAAGAAAGGAACUGGGAUUGAAUGGCUGCUAUGGACUGACGGGUCAACUGAUACCAGAUUACACCGGCUUUGCUUGGAAGUUGACAAUGGUGUUGUUUCUGAUUGGGAUCACUAUAGCCGUGAACAAUUCAUCUCAUGAGAACCAAACUGCAGAAAACCCCACCCAUCAGGGUGCUCAUGUGCUGCCCUCAACACUGGUCAUAUCCCUGCUUCUUAUUAUUGUUGUCCUGCUGACGAUCUACUGUCUGAGGUUCAAAAACCACAGGAAAGCUCUUGUUACCUCGGUGGAUAAAAAGAUUCCAAAUGGCUUUUUGGAGGAACAAGGAGAGCAGACAGUGGUCCUCCUCCCCAGAUCUCCCUCGCCAUCCAAGAGGUACUUCCCCAUCCCUAUGGAUUCACUGGAGGAGGAGUACCGGAUACGCUCUGCCGAUGAUGGCAAGCUCUUCAGAGAAGAGUUUAAUUCGCUGCCAUGUUACUACCACCACGGGUCCUUUGAGGAGGCGAGCAGAGAGCACAACAGAGAGAAAAACAGAUACCCAAACAUUUUACCAUAUGAUCAUUCAAGAGUGGUACUGAAUAAUCACGAUGGACAUCUGUAUACAGACUACAUAAAUGCAUCUUACAUCGAUAGCUAUAAAGAGAAGAACAAAUUCAUUGCAGCUCAAGGUCCAAAGCCUGAGACAGUAGCCGACUUCUGGCGGAUGAUUUGGGAACAAAAAACAGCAACUAUAGUAAUGCUGACAAACCUGAAAGAAAGGAAAGAGGAAAAAUGUUACCAGUAUUGGCCAGAGAAAGGCUGCUGGAUGUACGGCAAUAUCAGGGUGGCAAUGGAGGACUUCACUGUGCUGGUGGACUACACUAUUAGAAAAUUCUGUGUUCAAUAUCAGGGCAGUGAUGGUCCCCGAGCUCCCCGCCUGGUCACCCAGCUCCACUUUACCAGCUGGCCAGACUUCGGGGUGCCGUUUUCGCCCAUCGGCAUGCUGAAAUUCCUCAAGAAGGUCAAGGCUGUCAAUCCAUCCUAUGCUGGACCUAUUGUUGUGCACUGCAGUGCCGGGGUGGGGAGGACUGGGACGUUCAUUGUCAUUGACAGCAUGAUCGACAUGAUGCACAUGGAACAGAGGGUGGAUGUCUUUGGCUUUGUGAGCAGAAUACGAGAACAGCGCUGUCAACUCAUCCAGACAGAUAUGCAGUACUCCUUCAUCUACCAGGCUGUGUUGGAGUACUAUCUGUAUGGAGACACAGAGCUAGAUGUGUGCUCUCUGGAGGGCCAUCUGCAGAGGCUUCACAACACCAGGGCUCCCCACGACAGGCUGGGCCUGGAGGAGGAGUUCAGGAAGCUGACCAACGUGCGCAUAAUGAAGGAGAACAUGAGAACUGGGAACCUUCCUGCCAACAUGAAGAAGAACCGUGUGCUUCAGAUCAUUCCGUAUGAUUUCAACCGAGUAAUACUCUCAGUGAAAAGAGGACAGGAGUUCACCGACUACAUCAAUGCCUCCUUUAUUGAUGGCUACAGGCAGAAGGACUAUUUUAUCGCAACCCAGGGCCCCCUGUCUCACACAGUGGAGGACUUCUGGAGGAUGGUGUGGGAGUGGAGGUGUCAUUCAAUCGUUAUGCUCACCGAACUAAAGGAGAGGGAGCAGGAAAAGUGUUUCCAGUAUUGGCCAUCAGAGGGCAGUGUAACAUUUGGAGAUUAUACUGUGGAGCUGACUGGAGAUACGCAGUGUGAAACCUUCACUCUCAAAGACAUGGUGCUCACCUACAGACCAGAAAAGCAGUCACAACAUGUCCGACACUUCCACUUCCACGGAUGGCCUGAGAUCGGAAUACCAGCUGAGGGAAGAGGGAUGAUUGACAUUAUUGCCUCUGUGCAGAGGCAACAGCAGCAGUCUGGAAACCGUCCCAUAAUUGUGCACUGCAGUGCCGGUGCAGGUCGGACCGGCACCUUCAUUGCCCUCAGUAACAUUCUGGAGAGGGUGAAAGCUGAAGGCCUCCUGGACGUUUUUCAGACAGUCAAGAGUUUACGCAUGCAGAGACCACACAUGGUUCAGACUGUGGAGCAAUACGACUUCUGCUACAAAGUGGUUCAGGAUUUUGUUGACAUUUUCUCAGACUACGCCAAUUUUAAAUAAUAUCUGUCAGAUACUGUUCUGUGUACCUCUGUCAAAUAAACUUAUGCAAUUUUUUUCUGAAUGUUGUUUUCUAAAGCAACUCUUUUUACAUUUUGCACUUGAUUACAGAUCUAAAAAAAAAAAUAUGUUGUAACAUACUGUAAUAUAAGUGAAAACAUCUGUGCUCCAGGAGAGUCUGUCUCUUUCAAAUAGUCCAAUGUAAAAUAUAGAAAUUAUAAUAGUUUACUUAAUGGGUUGAUUAGGUUCUUUAAAAUGUUUUACGUUACAUAAAUGCAGCAAAAGAGGAAAUUUCAAUAAUUGUAUGCCAUCUUUAUCUAUAUAAAUGUAUAUACUUUGUAGUAUGUGUUGCUGACUUCCUACCUAAAAUGCAUCACUAAUGUGUUGUAGAGUACAUGCUUUCUCUUCUGUUUCUGCUUUAUUUUGUUAUUGACCACAAUGCCUUUGGUUUAUUUUAGUAUUGUAUUUUAUGCUGCCCACUUAACAUGCCUGACUGCAGUGAAGAGAAUAAAGUGUGUUUGUUAA